AUGCCACUGAACUUUGAGACAGACGAGCAGAAGAAAUGCUAUGAACUCUUGAGGGCCGAUGUUGAAAAUAUUGUUAAGGAAACAGGGUACGAUGAACUAUAUGGUCAUAAAUUGACACCAGAUGAUCAAUUUUAUGAGGAAGUUAUCGUAGACAAUUUGAUUUACAAGUUCUGCAGGGCUAAUCAAUUCGAAAUCGAAGGUGCUAAGAGUCAAUUGAAGAAAACUUUGAAAUGGAGAAAAGAAUUCAAGCCUUUACACGCUGCAUUUUCUGAAACUCACGAUUCGUUGCUCAAUGAUGUAUGUGCCAUCACUGUCAGUGAAGAGAAUGAUCCUAACCAGAAAGUUGUCAGCUGGAACUUGUAUGGAUUGUUAGUGAAGCAUAAGGAAGUGUUUGAAGAUACCGACAAAUUCUUGAGAUUCAGGAUUGGUCUAAUGGAGCGCGGGUUGCAACUUUUGGAUUUUGCGAGCGAGGAUAACUAUUUGAUGACACAGGUGCAUGACUAUAACAAUGUAUCUAUGUGGAGGUUGGACCCUGCCAUCAAGAAAUGUUCCAAGGCCAUCAUUGAGGUGUUCCAGGACUUCUAUCCGGAAACGUUGUUCUCUAAGUUCUUCGUAAAUGUUCCAUACGUGAUGACUUGGUUAUACGAGAUUGUUAAGAGAUUUGUCUCUGAAGAUACUAGAAAGAAGUUCAUUGUGAUGAGUGAUGGUACGCAAAUGAAGGACUACUUGAAAGUUCUUCCAAAAGAAUACGGUGGCGAAGCUACUUUGAACUCAUCUAAGCUUGAAAAUAUCGAACCAAACGCUUAUGUUUCUUAUUUGCUCACUCAAUGUGGUGGUGAAGAACCAGCCGAAACCACAGCCCCAGAACAAGAGAAGGAAACUGCCACUGCUUGA